GCGGGGUCUAGCGCAAUGGUUGCUUGAUUAAAACGAUUUACACGAAAUAAAUGACCUGAUAACGAGUUUAUUUCCAUUUUCUUUUGUGUACUAACAUGAAAAUGUGGUUUAUUAAUACUGUUUAAUCAUUUUGCACGCGUGUUUUACGUGUGCGUUGUGUAUUAAAAUGUAUAUUCAGUACACGUUAGGAGCCAUUUUUAUUAUAUUUAUUUUGUGCGUUCAUUGUGAUAAUGCUGGUAAUAACAACGAAAUUAAGACAAUUUAUGUUCCGUCCGCACCGAAAAAUCUAGUGACACGAGCGGUGAGUUGCAACGAGAUCCUGUUGUCAUGGGCCCCGCCGACUACGUACACUGAGGUCUUGCAGCCCGCACACCCGGUAGUGUCGGGUGAUGACACGCAACAAACACCCAAACCCGAAACCCCGAAGCAUGAACCCCAAUCCGACGAACCCAUCAGCGACGUAAACGAAGACGAAGAUGCCAUUGUCUCUGACAAAUUCAAAGACACAGAGUACACAUUGUAUAAAGAUGACAAACAGAAAUACCCUGAGGAAUUUACACCUGACAGUAUCGACAGUUAUAGAGAUAGAAGAGAUUUACGCUCCCAUAGACAUAGAAAGAGGCGGCAAGACGGAAAUGUAACUGAGUCCAGAAACCAGAAUCUAGAGACAGUAGAUUAUUUAGAGAUACAUGACUACGAUUUGCCAAUGGUUGUUAAAAAAUCGUAUACAGCAAAUAAACAAGUAAAAGAUACAACGCAGUAUGCUUAUGUAUUAUAUUACGAACAGGGAAUGCCCAGGUUCGAUGUCAGGAAUGUGACAGGGGUCCAAAGUUCAGAGGACGUUAAAAGGAAACAUAUAUUUUCGAGCGACCUCGGCAUGGAGGAAUACACGAGCGCAAUAAAAAAUUUGACUCUGUUAAAUACGUCUGGAAAGGUGACAAAGGUUGUUGGAUACCGAUUGAAGAACUUACAAUCAUUUGCGCCUUACAAGAUAUGGGUCAGGGCGUUCUUCAACACUGAAGGCGCCAUAUCGGCUGACCUGCCCACGCGGCUUAGCAAUAAGUCGGAACCAUUGUACGUGCUAACAGACGUGGUACCGCCGUCGCCGCCCAAGAUACUGAACGUCACGUGUGACUUGCUCAGACAAAACCUAUACCUUCAAUGGCGGCAGCCGGCUGAGUAUAACAAUACCUUGGACCACUACGUGGUGACCUUGAGGAAGAUACCCGAGCAGCAGCCCAGAACGAGACUGACACUGCCGACUAGCAAAAACGAUAUUGAAACAACAAUAAGCAUGGAUGUGGAGUCGUGGAAUAUGACCCGCUACGAAUUAAAGGUGUACGCGGCGACGCAGUCGGUGACGCGGCCGAACACACUUAUUAACGGGUCUGAAUCACCGCCGGAGGAGGUGUCGAGCGAGUGGUGCACGGCGCACACGGAGGCGAUGUCGCCGGGCGCGGCGGCGGGCGGCGCGGCGGCGGGCGGCGCUGGGCGCGCGGUCGGCGUCAGCACGGCCGCGCUGCUGGCUGUCGCGCUCAUCGCGCUGCUGGCCGCGCUCGGCGUCGCGCUCGUCUACUGGAGAUGCCGCUCCCGUCUUAGUAAAUGUAUAAGUGCAGCUUACAAUUAUUUAGAAGAGGGUGGCGAGCGAGCCGCCAGAGCACCGCUUAAUGUUUACAAAAAACCUGUGUCGAACUGCUCGCCGCUGCGCGCGGGCGGCGGCGGCGGCGGCGGCGCGGCGGGCGCGGAGGGCGGCGGCGGCGCGGCGGGCGGCGCGGGCGGCGAGUGCGCGGCCGGCCGCCCGCCGCGCAUGGCGGGCCCGCAGCGCCCGCCCGUGCCCGCGCGCGGCUUCCCGCGACACGUCGCCGCGCUGCACGCCGACGGCGACAUCGGCUUCAGCAAAGAGUACGAGAUAGUGGUGACCAAGUCAGCAGCAUUAGGCCAUACAAGUCAUCACAGCCAGCGACCUGAAAACAAACAGAAAAACAGAUAUCUCAACAUUACUGCAUACGACCACUCGCGCGUGUGCGUGUCGGCGGGCGGGCGCUGCGGGGCCGCGGGGUGCGUGGGCGCGGGCCGCGGCGCCGCCUGCGACUACGUCAACGCCAACUUCAUCGACGGCCUGCUGCCCGCGCUCUCCGCCGCCGCCGCCGCGCGGCUGCGGCGCAAGCUCGAGCGCCGCAACCGCCCGCACAGACAACCAUCAAUAAAACCAGUCAAACCACCACCGGACCUCGCCGAGGGCAUAGAGUCUGCAUUUUUGAACAUAGAGUUCUCUGGUAUCGUGGAAUCGGAUGAUCAAAAUGAGGAUUCCGAUAGUGAACACAGUGAUGACGACGGCGAGCUUGACGAUGUGUACGUCAAUCUUGAUGGUGUACCAACGCGUGUAAAAUUAGAAUGGCUUAUAUGGAGGCGGCGGUAUAUAGCUACUCAGGGUCCCACGCCGGCGACGCUUGACGCGUUCUGGCGUAUGAUCUGGCAACACCGAGUGCACACAAUCGUAAUGAUCACAAAUCUUGUCGAGCGAGGAAGGCGCAAGUGCGACAUGUACUGGCCGGGCGGCGGGCGCGGCAGCACGGCGCAGCACGGCGGCGUGCUGGUGACGCUGCUGCACGAGGACGUGCGCGCCGCCUACACCGUGCGCCACAUGCGCGUGCGCCCGCAUCUACCGCACAAGGGUAGUGAAACAAGCAGCGCGAGCGAUGGUAGUGGCAACGGUAACGGCGGUGCAGGGACAGGCAACGAGGGUCGCAGCGUAGUGCAGUACCACUACACUGUAUGGCCGGACCACGGUACACCGCGGCACCCGCUGGCCGUGCUGCCAUUCGUGCAGGCCGCCUCCGCAGACCCUGGCACCGUACUCGUACAUUGCAGCGCCGGCGUCGGCCGCACGGGCACGUACAUAGUCUUAGACGCACAACUGAACCAAUUGAAACUGACUGGUACUCUGUCUCCUCUCGGGUUCCUAUGCCGCGCCCGCACACAACGGAACCAUCUCGUCCAAACCGAAGAACAAUAUGUAUUCGUCCACGACGCCUUAUUAGAACACGUCCGCUCCGGCGACACGGAAGUCGAGUUCGACAAAGCCAGAGAGUAUUUAGUAAAACUACUGCAACCGAUAACGGAAGAAGAAUUAGCUGUUCUAGAUUUGAAUUCAAAAAGUAAAAGUGUCAACGACCUUACAAACGGAGUGGAUGAGACGUCUAGUGUGAAGUCGAGUCAAGCGAAUGAGUGUAGCGAGAAAGAAGUACUGGAAAAUGGCAGUCAGAUGUCUAUAAAGACGGAUGAAUUGAACAGUGAACAGAGUAAAUCACAGUCGUCCGCUAGAGAUCUGGAUGUUGAUAGUGAACAAAAAGAUGGUAUGGUGAACGGUGAGGAGAACGAAGGGGUGUACGAUUUGGCGCCGCGGUCUACUGAUACGUAUAGUAAGAAAAUGCAAGCAUAUAACAACUUGAGUGAAGUCGAAAAGGAAGAAAUCAGGAGGGUGAACCGAGCUGAAAAUUAUGCGUUGUUGGAACGCAUGCGGUCAUUGGCUAACAGACAUCACACAUACCAGGGUCCUCCACCUGUCAAUUUGCUGGAGAAACAGUUCUUGCUAAUAACGCGUUCGUGCGUGGAGGCGAGUGUGUGCGCGCGCGCAGCGCACAACGCGGACAAAAACCGACCGGGCGGCGUCCUGCCUUCCGAUGCCGCGCGUGUGCUUCUCGUACCCAAGCCUGGGGUUGAAGGCAGCGAGUACGUGAACGCGUCGUGGGUGUGCGGGCGGCGGCGGCUGCGCGAGUGGGCCGUGGCGCAGCACCCGGCGCGGCACAGCGCCGACCUGUGGCGCCUGCUGUGGGACCACACCGCGCAGCUCGUGCUGCUGCUCAGCGACGCCGCCGACCCGGAAUGCGAAGUAUUUUGGCCAACGGAAGAAGAAAAAGAAUUAUUUGUAGCGAAUUUCAGAGCGACUUUCGUCUCUAAAGAUACGUAUGUUGCGUAUCGGAAAUCGGAUAGAAAAACACCGGUCGAAACUCCCACCGAAACGGAAAUGAAUGGUUACAGACGACAAGAGAGCAGCGACUGUGCAGACGACGAGAGAUUAAUACCAGAAAACAACUCGCCAGUCGCUGAUACCGAACCCACGUAUAGAUUCGACAGAACAGAACUGAGACUGGAAAGAUUGAGCACUGGUAAUCGAGAUCUGUCGACGAGGAAAUCGAUAGCGAAUGGCGACUUGUUUUCAUCGUUAUCCGAGAAGAAAAACGGUCCAAAGUCUCCUAGAAGUCCAUCAAAAAUGUCCCUUAAAAAUUUCAAGCUAAGUUCGCCUACCAAGUUCAAGUUCCCCGAGUGGGGCACGCGGACGGCCGGCUCGCCGCCCGACACCGCGCCGCCCCCGCCCCCCGUCGCCCCCUCGCUCACCGUCGAGGAGGAGGCUGAGCUCCGGCGGCCCUGUUAUAUGUUUGAGAAAGUCGAGACGGUUCCAGAAGAUGUACCCUCGGACCGUGUUAUAGAAGUGAUAAAUGUUAGUGUACACUCGUUACAAGAUGAUUAUCAACUAAGUGUUAAGUUUAUCAGGUGUAGUGGCUGGUUGGAGGGCGAUACGACGGAGUACAUAGCCGGGAGACCGGACGAUAACGAGUUCGUGAGGGGUGUGAGGCAAGCAGAAUGUGAAAGUGAGAGGGAACAGGCGCUCGAUAGGCUCAUAGAGCCAUACAGAGACUCGUUCGCGUUGAUAGAAUUUGUUGCUGGUUGCCAAAUGGAAUAUAAGAAUGGACCCGUUGUCGUUGUCGACAAAUAUGGAGGGUGGAAAGCGAUGACGUUCUGCACGCUAAGCGCGGCGUGCGGCGGCGCGCGCGACCCCCACGCUCGUGACCCGCACGCCGCAUUCCGUACCGCCGCCGACGAACGUGCCGCCCUCUACCGCAGUAGCGCGCUCGCCGCGCACGCACGCUGCGGCGCCGAGCAGCGGCCGCACUCGCUGCCCGCGCUGCUCGCCGCCUACUGCGCGCUCGCGCACUACGGCCGCCUGCUGCACGCGCGCGCCCGCAGGUCAGUACGCACACCCGCGCCCGCCGCGCCCGCCGCGGCC